CACUAUUACCUAUAUAGGUCCCUUGAGACGAACACUGUUGAUGACGUGCCAGACGCAAUGUAACGACGAGAGACACACUCGACGGACGAAUGUCACAUUUUACAUGACGGGCGCUGUGCGCUUCUGAUGACCGCACAUAACGAGCCCCACACACGGCAGACGAAUCACUGUUCGCUCACUUAUACGGUGUUUGUUAAGUAAUAAUACCUUCUUGAACUGAUGCCAUAAGAUAUGUUCAAAAGCAUCUCAAAGAUCGUUUGGCUAACAAGAUUCGACCUUGGCUUGCUCCAGAUAUUGAUUUUUUUAUUUUAAUUCUUAAAAUGUUGGACGGACCGGCAUUAGACUUUUUAAAAAGUUUCAUCGUAGAUACGCAUGAAGUUAAAAAAGGGCAGCCUCCCCGUCAGCUGGCACCCGCAGUCGACGUUGCUGGGGACCUGCCGAAUAGCGUGGGACUUGCGAACAACAAGACGUAUUCCACGACGUCCCCGCCCGUAUAUGUCUGGACCUUGCGAAACUUUACUUACCUCAAAGAGGAAGAAGAACGGGCUCUAGGGCAAUUGGAUUACCCGCUGUCUGCAGAACUCGGGAUGUGCCCUCACUGCCGGGACCGAGGGCAUGGUCAGAUCGAGCAUAUCUAUAAGGAUAUUGGGGAACGAAUCGUCUGUCCUCGAAUAAGUUAUAAGAUGGGUUACCUGCUACAAGCGAUAAACAGCAUUUCAACCGUUAUCUUACCAGGCUGGCAUCCGCAACUCGAAGACCUGAUCGAAUUCAGCGCCCAAUUCUAUUACAUCAUCUUUAAAGUUGCUGAUCUAUUGUACGACCAGAUGUCUCUGACAGACAUCGUCCAGUUCCUUCCAGUAAAUCAGCAAAAUAAUUUCAAGAGUGUAAUCCCAUGCCGGUCACCAACCACACUCGCUAAUUCUUCUCUGCCGUCGAUCUCCGAAACAAGAUUCGAAAUCGAUAUAAAUAAUUUAAUAGAAGUCAUGUUGCAAAUAAACGAAGAAGUGUUAUCCCAAUCACAACCUCAACCACAGCCUACACACUUAUCCCAAGCACAGUCUACCGACUCUCCUCAACCGAAAACUGCCAAAGGAUCCCAACCUCAACCUAUCCAAAACUUCCAAAAUAAAUCUCACGGAGGUUUCCAACCUCAGUCAAGCCGAGGUUUCCAGCCUCAGUCAAGCCGAGGCUAUCAGCUUCGGUCAAGCCGACGCUUCCAACCUCAGUCACGCCGAGUUUUCCAAUCCCAGUCAAGCCGAGGUUUCCAGCCUCAGUCAAGUCAAGAUUUCCGGCCUCAGUCAAGCCGAGGUUUCCAGCCUAAGUCAAGCCGAGGCUUCCAACGUAAGUCAAACCGAGGCGUCCGGCCUCAGUCAAACCGAGGCGUCCGGCCUCAGUCAAACCGAGGUUUCCAGCCUAAGUCACGCCAAGGCUCCCAGCCACAGUCAGACCAGAGCUCCGAUCUUCAGACAGACUCGAACAAUUCACUACAGUCAGACUGGAACAACCAACAACAGUCAGACUGGAACAACCCACAACAGUCAGACUGGAACAACCCACAACAGUCAGACUGGAACAACCAACAACAGUCAGACUGGAAUACUCCACUACAGUCAGACUGGAACAACCCACUGCAGUCAGACUGGAACAAUUCACUACAGUCAGACUGGAACAACCCACUACAGUCAGACUGGAACAAUUCACUACAGUCAGACUGGAACAACCCACUACAGUCAGACUUGGAAGCCAACGUAAUUUAGAUAGGUGGUCCUAACAACAACUAGCACAUGGAGCUUUUAACAUCUAUCGACCUGAAUCUCCACCUACGUUAGCAAAAGCCCCCAACCUGCCAGCCAGCGCUUGCAGCCUCAACCAGAUCCAACUUCGUAUCUCAGCAGCUACGGAACGUCCUACCUCUGUCAGCUCAAAGACAUCAGUCGGCAUAAAGCCUCCUACCUCAGUCAGCUAAUAGCCACCUAGUUCAGUCAGCUCGAAGCCUCCUACCUCAGUCAGCUACUAGUCACCUAUUUCAGUCAGCUCGAAGCCUCCUACCUCAGUCAGCUAAUAGCCACCUAAUUCAGUCAGCUCGAAGCCUCCUACCUCAGUCAGCUAAUAGCCACCUAGUUCAGUCAGCUCGAAGCCUCCUACCUCAGUCAGCUCAGAGCCUCCUACCACAGUCAGCUAAGAUCCUCC